CUUCCUUCUCAGCCAGGCUAGGUUUCUUCUCAUCUUCUUGACUGUUACCCUAUUCACCCACAUAUGCUCCUUGGAGACACGACAAGCUCACGGCGCCGAUAAAAAGAACUCAAGACUGACUCACAAACGUCCGCCACCAGACCUUAUCCUUCCUAACAUGUCCUCUUCUUCUGCGCCACCCAACAUGACAGCUUUUCCUCGCGAGAAUCACUACGAGCUGGAAGAUCAAGCUCUUGAUGUAAUACCCACUCGGGCCGGCAGAAAGCUUUGCGUCAGGCAUAAGCAAAUGGCGAAUCAAAACGUCAACGAAAAGCUGCAGCGUUCACUUGACAAUUUGAAUCCUUCAGAACGUGCGGCCAUCACUCAGAUGUGGUCUACAUUUUCCACUGCGCCUCAUGGAAAGAGAAAAAUUAUUUUGGAAGGCAUUUUGACCAUGUGCUGCUUCUCCCAGUUAUCCCAUCUCUCUGAUUCUCUCAACCAAAUCAUCCGAAUUGACCCCUUCUCUCUCCUUCCGCGCGAGACGUCACUUCGCAUACUUGGAUAUUUGGACGCCUUCUCUUUAGGUCGUGCUGCGCAAGUGUCCAGGUCUUGGAAGGCGCUUGCCGACGAUGAUCUCCUUUGGCGCAGAAUGUGCGGCCAACAUAUUGAUCGAAAAUGCGAUAAAUGUGGUUGGGGUCUUCCUCUACUUGAACGAAAAAGGCUUAGAGUCGAGUUGAAGGAUAGAAGUCCUGCCGGCCUUGUUGAGCACGAUCACAAGCACGAAAAUGAAAAUGGGGAAAGUCGACUGGUUACAAGGGAUCAGGUGCUUUCAGGCAACGCGAACACAGUGAGCUCGAUUGGUGGUUUGAAGUCUUGUGACACCUCGGCAAUGUACCUCUUCCCUCCGAACGUAAACGCUACCGCCCCUAAAGGUAUCAAAAGGACUGCUCCCGAGUCAUCUGUAGGGGCAGCAAAGAAGGUCAAGAUGAAUGACAGUGAUUCUGACGUGGAGAUCAUCAAGCCCGGUGGCAGUAGCUUGACUAGAGAGGUCAGGUUGACUAGGCCAUGGAAAACUGUUUAUUGCGAGAGAUUGAUGGUGGAGAGGAACUGGAGAAAGGGCAGAUGUAGCACCAAAAUUCUGAAGGGUCAUACCGAUGGUGUCAUGUGUCUUCAGUAUCACACUGCUCUUACAAACCCGUCCUAUUCUGUUCUCAUCACAGGUUCUUACGACAGGACCGUUCGCGUGUGGAAUCUUGAUACGGGUGAAGAAGUUCGCGUCCUUCGAGGUCAUACCCGUGCUGUCCGAGCGCUCCAAUUUGAUCAGAUGCUUCUCUUCACGGGUGCUAUGGAUGGUACGGUCCGUAUGUGGAAUUGGAGGGCCGGUGAGUGUUUGAGAGUUAUGGAUGGGCAUACGGAUGGUGUCAUCUCUCUCAACUACAACGGGUAUCUUCUUGCGACUGGAUCCGCCGAUUCAACGAUAAACGUCUGGAAUUUCCGUACCGGCAAUCGCUUCACUCUGCGUGGUCAUGAAGAAUGGGUCAACAAUGUCGUACUCUGGGACGGGAAGACUUCGCCGUCCGACACUGAUCCUGCUGCCAUCCCGAGCUUUACUCAGGCUGUCAGUAACAGGUGUCAGAAAUCAAAAUCCCCAGCUGCUGCUAGCAAUGAGCCAACCCUACCCAAUAUUGACCCGGGUGCGAUGCUCUUCUCUUCUUCGGACGAUAUGACCAUCAAGCUUUGGGAUCUUGAGACUGCCGCUUGUAUUCGUACCUUUGAAGGACACAAGGCUCAAGUCCAAUCUCUGAGGGUGUUGAUGGUGGACAUGACGGAGGAAGAAGUCGCAGCCCGAGACCGACGUCAGCGUCGGCAGGCGACUCCUCCCACCACAGGCUUUACCGCUGCCUCGCUAGUCUCCCCCCCAGGCUCUCAGGCGGCGUUUGGCGCCGGUGGUGCCUCCAUCCACGAUGCUCCUGCUGGUUUUGACCCGCUCGAGCACCGGGGCCGUUCUCGUUCUGACACGGUUCAACCGCGAGUUUACGUACAUUCCCCUGACGGUACCCACAAGAAGUCUGAACGGGAGCAGUCUCGCGGGCAUGAGAAGAAGGCCAUUGUUGCAUCUGGCAGUCUUGACGGCACUGUUAAGAUUUGGGAUGUUGAGACUGGUCGAGAGCAGUCAACGUUGUUUGGCCAUAUUGAAGGUGUCUGGGCUGUCGACAUUGAUGCUCUAAGAUUAGUCUCGGCUUCUCAUGAUAGGACAAUCAAGGUUUGGGAAAAAGAAAGCGCACAGUGUGUGCAAACUCUGGUCGGCCACAGGGGUGCUGUCACCUCGUUACAAUUGAGUGAUGACAUGAUUGUUUCGGGCUCUGACGACGGAGACGUCAUGAUUUGGAACUUUGCCUCUUCGGCCAACAAUGUCUCGAAUACGGCAAGUGUUAGCGGACCUUGUGUUGAUAUCACUCCAUCCCCGACUCCUGCCAUUGUAUAAACUUGGCCGGCACGACAAGAAAAAAAGGAUUUACAUGACAUAAUUAAUGACAAAAGUUAAAAAGUUAAAAAGUUGUAAUACGAGAUUUUUGGGGUAGUUUUUGUACGUACUGCAUUAGCAUGAUAUUUUGGUUGUUCUACAUUAGUUGAUUAGCGCGUUUUUUGUAUAUCUUUAUCAAUGAUACCAUCCAUUUUGCGUGAUUUUUUGGGGUUUUCUGGCCGAGUGAAAAAGUUGGUGUAUACCGACAUCCCGGAACAUGCAUAGUAUUACAACGUGCAUAAUGCAU